CUUAAUUUUUAAUUGAUUCAUUACAUUUUAGCUUUCCUCACCAAUUGCCGAAAUUCGAACAAUCUAACCCACCAUAGCACCCACCCACCAUCUCCUCUAACUGUACCCGCUGGCGACAUCCCAACGACGGUGGCGAUUUCAACACUAUAGUGGCGACAACACCAGCCAACAGCGGCAGCCACUCCACAUCCACAACCCAUAACCACCGCCACACAACAGUGGUUGCCUGCUCAUCUCAUCAUUGAUCUCAACCCCCGAUUCCACAUCUCCGCCCUCUGUGGGAGUAAUGGAGUAUCAUCUUGUAAAGUUUUUGAAGUUUGCAAUCUCCAAUCCAACCCUGUAACAUGUUUCAACUGUUAUUCUUUGAAAAGGAAACGGCAAAACUAAAUAAAAUGCGGAGGGUUCUGGGGAAGAUUUCUGGGUUACUGAGCAAUCGAAAUAUGGUUGGAGUGGAUAAAACUGGAAACAAAUACUUCACCAAAAUGGAAGAGAUUGAUGGUAUCAGCUGUAUCUACCUAAUUCUGUUGUCUUGUUUUGGUGUACUAGUGAAAGAGAAAAGAUGGGUGGUGUUUAAGGGAGAGGAGGACCCUACCUCAAUUCCAGUUGAAUGGAUAUGUUGGCUGAACGGGCAACGCAAAAAAGCUCCAACUCCAGAGGAAAUGAUGGAAUUGGAAGCAAGGCGUGAACGUGUUAGACAAAAUGUUGCUCUUCUAAAGAAAGAAGAAGAGGAAAGGAGAGCUAAAGAAGGCAGUACAGGCAAACGUGUCAGCACUGGAAAGGUUGCUGGUCCAGACUUGAAAAGUUUUAUCCGGCAAAUUCCAGUUGGCUCAGAAGGUAGUGAGGUUGAAGAAUCAUCUGGUGCAAGGGGUAACUUGAGGAGUACUCAAGAGAACAAAACUGAGAAAGAAAAAGUGGAACCUGAGUCCUCGGAGCCAACAGGAUCUGGUGCAACUUUUAGGCCAGGAACCUGGCAACCGCCAACUUGAGUUUUUGUUACAACAAAGAGGGGCCUUUUUGACAUCAACAUUCUUGUGUUAGCCUCAUGCUAUGUUUAUUAGAAAUUACAUGCUUGGUUUAUUUUCUUGCCAAAACUUUUUUGACAAAUUUCUUCCCAUACAAAAUUGUAGUAUUUCCUUGUUCAUUCAUAAACAUCAAUUCAACAAAUAUGAACACCAGAAUAACCCAACAUGAGGGUACAGCCAAAACAAUGGUGACCUAUGGAUUUAUGAUGCGGUAAGCUCUAAAAUCAAAGGACCAGAUAAGGGUAUUUCCUUUAGACAUCCAUUAUUCUGUCAUGGUGAAAGGACAACCAUUUGGUUACUUUAAAUCAGAUAAGGGUAUUCGUUAAGACAGAACAGGACACAUUGAUUCAAGGUCUUCUAUCAACUGUAACUGUUCAACUAUUAGCUAUCUCUUAUUUGUUGAUGAUUCUAUAUUUUUUUGCAAGGCUUCCCAAUAAAAUUGUGUCAAUCUGUUGGUUAUCUUAUU